CCCUGCUCUGCCCACAGCUUCCCCUUGGACUCACCGGGUGUAACAGCAAGGUCCCAUUCUGGUUCUACCAACAUGGCACCCAAAAAGAAACCCCCUAAGAAGCCCACGGUGGAUAAAGAGGCUGCAUCCAUCCCCCCAGUGCCGGUUGAAGAUGCUUUGCUGGAUGUCCAACACCUCCAUCACUGGAAUAGUCUGUACAACAGCGGCUCCAAUGGCUUCCACUGCACAGCCACGGAGGUCAAAGCCCCAGAGCAUGGAGCCAGCCUUCUGGAGGGGAUGAACCAGAUGCACCAGAAGCUUUUCCUCUGCGACCUCACCAUCGCUACCAAAACAAAGUCCUUCGAGGUGCAUAAAGUCAUCCUGGCUUCCUGCAGUGAGUACUUCCAUCACCUGCUGCAGAGAGACCCUCAGCUGCACCGCGUGGAGCUCCACGACGUGUCCCCGCUGGGCCUCGCCACCACCAUCACCUAUGCCUACACAGGCAAGCUGAGCCUCUCACUCUACACCAUCGGCAGCACCAUCGCCGCGGCCACCCAGCUGCAGGUCCCGGCGCUGCUGAAGAUGUGCAGCGACUUCCUCAUGCGGGAGAUGGCUGUGGAGAACUGCAUCUACAUCGCCAACAUCUCCGCCAACUUUGGCCUCAACCAGGUGGAAGAUGCCACACGGAAAUUCAUCCGGGAAAACUUCCUGGAGUUCUCCAAGACUGAGCAGUUCCUGAAGCUCCCCUUCAAUCAGAUCAAUGAGCUGCUGAUGGACGAUGGUCUGCAGAUACCCAGCGAGGUUGUUGCCUUCCAGAUUGCUGUCAAGUGGCUGGAGUUUGACCCGAAACGGGUCCGGUAUGCUGCUGACCUCCUGAGCAACAUUCGCUUUGGCACAAUGUCUGCUCCAGACCUGGUCAACCAUGUGCAGCCUGUGCCACGCAUGAUGCAAGAUCCACAGUGCCACAAGCUCCUUGUCGAUGCUAUGAAUUACCACCUGCUCCCCCACCAGCAGAACAGCCUUCAGUCUCGGAGAACCAGGAUACGGGGAGGCCAGAGGGUGCUUGUCACAGUUGGGGGCCGUCCAGCAUUGACUGAGAAGGCUCUGAGCAGGGAGAUCAGCUACAGGGAUGCAGAGGGAAACUGGCAUAAGCUGACGGAGAUGCCAGCAAAGAGUUUUAACCAGUGUGUGGUGGUGAUGGAUGGAUUCAUCUACGUUGCGGGUGGGGAAGACCAGAACGAUGCCAGGAACCAGGCCAAGCAUGCUGUCAGCAGCCUGAGCAGGUAUGACCCUCGCUUCAACACGUGGCUGCACCUGGCCAGCAUGCAGCACAGGAGGUCACACUUCAGCCUCAGCACCUGCGAUGGGCUCCUCUAUGCUGUGGGAGGGCGCAACGCUGAGGGCCCUUUGGCAUCCGUGGAGUGCUACGUCCCCACCACCAACAGCUGGCAGAGCAAGGCGAGCCUGGAGACACCGCGCUGCUGCCACGCUACCACCCUCAUGGACGGCAAGCUCCUGGUCACUGGUGGCUACAUCAGCAAUGCCUAUUCCCGAACCGUGCUCUGUUACCAUCCCAGCACCGACUCCUGGAGGGAGCAGGCAAUGCUCAGCACCCCCCGGGGCUGGCACUGCGCGGCCACCGUGGCAGACCGAGCCUAUGUACUGGGUGGGAGCCAGGUGGGUCCCCAGGGUGAGCGAGUGGAUGUGAUGCCCGUGGAGUGCUACAGCCCAGUCACAGGGCAGUGGAGCUCCAUGGCCCCGCUGCCCACGGGGGUCAGCACGGCUGGGGUGGCUCUGCUGGAGGGGCACUUGUGCCUGGUGGGUGGCUGGAACGAGAGUGGGAAGAGGUAUCAGAAGUGUGUUCAGUGCUACAACCCCGACCUCAAUGAGUGGGCUGAGGACAAGGACCUCCCUGAUGCCAUUGUGGGUGUCUCAUGCUGCACCAUCACCCUCCCACGCCCCCUCAGCUCCAGGUCUCGGGCCAGCUCUGUGGGCUCAGCAGCAGCCAGCACGUAAGGAGCCCUGGGUGCCAUGUGGCUUGGCUUAUGGCAGCAGUUAGUGAAGGAGACAGAGCUCAGAGGUGUGGGGUGGCUGGAUGGGGAGGCACACUGAUAGCUGGAGUCACUGCAAAGCCUCAAGACACCUUUGUUCCACCACGGCAAGUUUGGAACACUCUAGAAGAGCAUCUUCUGAGCUACCUGCAUCCCCAUCCCGCAGCUGAGGCAGGGAUUACUCAAGCAGGGCUGCUGAGCAUCAGGGCAAACACUCUUGGUUUUGUUCUGGUCUUCUUUGCACAACACUGGAAUAUCCAGGAAGCCAACGUGCUGCUGAAGGGAACCCCAAUGUGCCAUGAAGAUGUCAAGAGAAAAGCUACAGCAAAGCAGGCUGCUUUUCACUGCUCACCACAGUUCUCAUGCAGGAACUGAUCUUCCCCUGAGAAUUCCCAAUCUUAAGAGUUCACCUCAAGCAUGGAGCUACACCACAGCAGAACAUCAUUCCCGUUCAAAUUCCACUUCCCUUUGUGUGUUUCAGCAUGCACAGCACACACUGCUCUGUGUGUCUUGGAGUGGGCUCCAUCCUGAGCAGUGCUGGCGAACCUCCCUGCUUUACAACUGCAAAUAGGCUUGAGAAAGGAAGGGUCUGGUUUGAGUUAACACUGCAGUGACUGGGGGAGCAUGUACAGACUGGCAUAGAAGUGAGUUUGCCCCUUAAUUUUUUUACUGUAGCUUUUUAUUGCAAGGAGAAAACCAAGCCCAAGAGGCAGAAGCAAAGGGUGUUCCUGAACCCCACUUGUGUGAGCUGCCCUGUCCUGCAGGGAAUAUUCUCUUCAAACAAUAAAGACCAUUCCUUUGCAGGGGGAA